UUCUCUGUGCAGUUCUUUCAUGCUGUCAAACAUAAGAUGGGAUGAGCACGGCAUUCUGGAUCGUUGUGACCUUUGCCGCCAUGAUGCCUCAUUUCGUCCCGGUGAUCCUGCGCACUCCAAAUAUCUCUUACUCUUAUUCCCCGGCUCGAGCACUGGUACUGGAAGAUAAUCGAGUCUGAUAACCGCAAAAGAGGGAGCAUGCGAUCUCAAUCGACCUUAGUACUCCAUAGUCAAGAUUUACUGAUGUGAUUCCACAGAUGUAGAAAUGUUGGAGCGAUCAGUCGUCACUGCCCUUUCCAAAUCUUCAUCGGUAAACAAGCAUGGGCUUAGUGCUUUGAUUUUGGAAGGUACCGUCGUCAAAGCUUGCGGCAUCGCUCGUUCUUCCCCUUCAUGUGAUUCUUCUGUCUCACAAGAGGCAGGUGUGACAAAGAUUAACCGCACCACUUUUGUUUCCUCCUUGCAAUCUUCCACCAUUUCCCUCCUAUGCAAGCGGUCAGUUCGCGAGGAUGUUGUCCCCUGCGGAGGUCUUCAUACUCUGUAUGUCCGCAUUCGGCUACUUCUGGAUUGCCGUGGCCAUCGUUCUUAUCCUCGCUCUCAUCACGUAUGUCUGCUUCACAGCCUUCCGCCAGCUCGUGCACAGACUUUAUCGAAAGGUAUGGGAAGUCAUCCACCGAGCUACAAAUAAAUCUGACCCUUGCAUAUAGCUUAAACUGCUC